AUGCUACAAGUCUCCCCUUUCUUGGGCUAUGAGCGACCUCCGGCCAUCAGAAUCUCAUUCAGCACCUGUGUUUUGGGCACUGUGUUUCUACCUUUGGUUGGCCUCACUACGUGCGUCUUAAUAUCCUCUAUAUUUCAUUUUGAAGACUCGACUGGCACUCAUUGUCAGGUUCCUAAUUAUCUGCCAUCGAUAAGCGCAGCAAUAAGCCUGGAACCGGAGGGCAAUAUCUGGCGUUUCUGCAUCGGUCUGCACUCAGCACCUCGCUUUCUGGUGACCUUCACCUACUUUCGAUUUUACAAGGGCCAUUUCUCUUCCAAAUUCCCAGAGAGUUCGCUUGUAUUCCUAAAUGUGGCCUUCUCAAUUUCGGAGAACUUUGGUCUGUUAUUACUUACUUAUGUGUCAUCCAAUGAGAAAUACCUUGUACACAAGGAGGGCUUUGUGCUCUUUAUUAUAAGUUCCAUCAUCUACAUGAUUAUCACCUGCCGCUUAUGGAAUACCAUCAAGAAGUUUUCCCUAAACCCAGAGGAUAGCAAGUCUUACCUUUGGAAAGUUCGUCUUUUAAUCCUCAAUAUUUCAUUCUGCGCCUUCGCCGUGUACUUUUACGUGAAACACAACUUGUAUUGUGAACAAGGAAGUUACACGUUCUUUGCUCUGUUUGAGUAUCUGGUGGUGCUGACCAACAUGGCCUUCCACCUCACAGCUGUAUGGGACUUCAAGAACAGGGAGCUCAUUCUCAUUUCACCCAAUGAGGAUAAAGUCUUCUGA